AUGAAGGAUGACUUGAUUGUUGGAUCGUCAAACGCUACUUGGUGUCCCGUUGGUGGCAGAAACCAGCCCUCCGCCACAUUGGCCCGCGUACAUGUAGCCAACAUUGAACCAAAUAUUGUCACCAUCCUGCUCCUACCAGUGCUGCGUGCCGGGUAUAUGCAGCCCCAGCUUAGUGCUAAUAGUGCUCGGCACUGUGCCUUGAUGCUAGCACAAGACCUUCUCCUCAGGAAUUGUGGCACACGGGACUGGUGUAGAGUUGCAAGCAAGGGAGGCUUUUAA